AUGGACGGCAAGCCCAUGAGGGACUGGAGACUCCCCAUUCAACCGAAUUCUCUGAUAGCGGUGUUCUCCACUAUUGCUAAAUCGGCAUUGUUAGUCCCUCUUGCCGAGUGCAUCGGACAGCUGAAAUGGAUCUACUUCCAGACACCACAAUCGAAGCCUGUCAAUCGCCUCUAUGAUUUCGACGUAGCUACCCGUGGACCUUGGGGAGCUUUUACCUUUCUUUACAAGCUGCGAUUGAGUAAGUCUGCUGCGCUUGCGUCUUUUGGAGCAGCCUUGACAAUUCUUACGCUUGGCUUUGAGCCUUUCACACAGCAGGUCUUGAGAGUCUACUCCAAACCCGCGCUGCUAGUCAACACUACCGGGACUGUAAGCUCAAGCAAUUCGUUCUCAGACGUGUCGAGCAUAGAGAAUGCUGAUCUCAUUGGUAUAGAGCAUCCUCUGACCGUCGGGUUCACAGAUCACGUCGCUUUGCAAGACAUCAACUUGCUGAGCAAUGUAUACUGUCCGACAACAGAAUGCAAACUUGAUGAGUUCACCUCUCUAGGUCUUUGCGAAUCCUGCAGCUCAGAAGACGUUAUUUUCGAUGGCGAUUUCUGGAAUGGCGGUAACUUCGCAGACGAAGACUUUCAGGGCUGCGGCAAUUCCGUGGAAUCUAGCUAUAAUGCCUCCAGUCAACACUUCUACUUCAACUAUACUGCGAUGACAGAUUACGUUGCAGCCACGCAGCCUUAUAGAUGGGAGAGGAUGUGCACUAUCAAGAAGCCAGGGUAUCCGGAAUUGGUGCUCUGGAUUACCGCGAGCCGCUACCUCAACGAGAGCUACCCCAGUGUUGGCGUUGUUGACACGGACCUUGCCGCAUUUGGCGGCUAUCAAUUCGGUAUCGUUCGCUUGGAACGCAGCAAGAUUGAUAGGACAUACAGCCUCUUCUCUGCAAUGAGUGGCAGCCCAGUGUGGUCUUUAUCGAUUGCGUAUCCGCCACAGAUUGAAUACUGCAUAGGAGACUUUGAAGGUUACCAGGAUGUAAUCACUGAGCCUUUUGAGUUACCGCUGCAGACUAUUUCCGCAUUCACUUGCUUCAAAUCGUCGUCCAAUCUCACUCGUGCCGGCGAAAUCGAUCGGCUCGGGCUGGUAAAUGGGACGGUAUCGCACUGCCAAAUGAACUAUUGUGCGAAGCGAUAUCACAAUAUCACAGUACGAAACACAGUCGUAAACUACGACUCGGUGGAGGAAUGGCCACUGAUCCCGACUGGCGACGACCCUUAUAUGGUGACAAGUGGAUACGAUCAAGCAUUCCGUGCAGAAGGUCUGAACGAGACUUUCUACCUCGGCAACUCCUCACGCCUCUGGCUCGCUGCUUCCACUUCGCGCAUCCUCAAAUCCACGACGCUGAGCACGUACCUCUUGGAGUACUUCCUCGAUCACACUUGGUCCUACUUCUUUCGCGGCUUUGCAGAAGUAGGAAGCAAAGUAAUCCAAGGCCCCGGCAAUUUCGCAGCUAUCAAUAACACCAGUGAAGCUUACGGACCGGAGAUCUUCGUCGACGUGAGAUGGGCCUGGCUUGCGUAUCCGCUGGCGCUUCUCGUUUACUCUACGUUAUUCCUGCUUCUGACGGCGCUGGGUAGCAGAAGGCGUUCCUAUCUCUUCAAGAACUCGAUCUUGGCUGUGCUCGUUCACGGUUUGGAAGGCUGGGACGCGGCGGAUUGUCCUGACCUGCUUACCGUAGCGAAGGAGAGGAAUAGUGACCUGAAACGAGCUCUGGGACCGGCGAAAGUGUCUCUCGCUGAGAAUGGCGACGGUUUACUGAAGCUCAAGCGUGACUGA